CCUGCCUGGCGGCCGUCGGCGUGCUCCUGGCCAUGGCGCUGGGGCUGCUCAUCGCGGUGCCUCUACUGCUGCAGGCGGCGCCCCCCGGCGCGGCGCACUACGAGAUGCUGGGCACCUGCCGAAUGACCUGCGACCCGUACAGCGCCGCAGCCGGCGGAGGGCCCGCGGGCGCCAAGGCGCCGCCGCCGGGACCCAGCACUGCCGCCCUGGAAGUCAUGCAGGACCUGAGCGCCAACCCUCCGCCCCCUUUCAUCCAGGGACCCAAGGGCGACCCGGGGCGACCCGGCAAGCCGGGGCCGCGGGGGCCCCCUGGAGAGCCGGGCCCGCCUGGACCCAGGGGUCCCCCGGGGGAGAAGGGCGACUCCGGGCGGCCCGGGCUGCCAGGACUGCAGCUGACGGCGGGAGCAGCAGGAGGUGUCGGGGUGGUGGGUGGCGGAACUGCGGGCGGCGGCGACUCUGACGGCGAAGUGACCAGCGCGCUCAGUGCCGCCUUCAGCGGUCCAAAGAUCGCCUUCUACGUGGGUCUCAAGAGCCCUCACGAAGGCUACGAGGUGCUCAAGUUCGACGACGUAGUCACCAAUCUCGGUAAUCACUACGACCCCACUACAGGCAAGUUCAGCUGCCAGGUGCGCGGCAUCUACUUCUUCACCUACCACAUCCUUAUGCGCGGCGGGGACGGCACCAGCAUGUGGGCAGACCUCUGCAAGAACGGGCAGGUCCGGGCCAGCGCCAUCGCACAGGAUGCCGACCAAAACUACGACUACGCCAGUAACAGCGUGGUGCUGCACCUGGAUUCUGGGGACGAGGUGUACGUGAAGCUGGACGGUGGGAAGGCGCACGGAGGCAAUAACAACAAGUACAGCACGUUCUCGGGCUUUCUUCUAUACCCGGACUAAGGGCACAGGGAACGCGAAGUGGGGUGGCUUCAGGCCGCCCUGUGCCCAAGGGGGCGCGCUGUUCCCUGGCAAGGACCACUCUCGCUUCAUGAUACUUCCAGACAUCGUUGGAAAAGACACAUCCCUGCUGUCCUCCCUGCCCCAGUCCUGGCCUCAAUGUGUCUGCGACUCACCACGCUCUGGGCAGUGCUCCUGGUCCCUGUCCCCAACCCAGGGAGGGAGAGGGUG